UGCAGCUGCUGCGGCGGAAGCAAUUCAUACUGCGGCAAAUCAGUUCAUGCGCAGUCGGUCAGGAACCAUUAGAUAUCAUUGCUGGGGUUCAAAUAGCUUACAAAUUCGAAUCCUUUCCAGCAGGGCCAUUUUACCCCGAAUUCACUAUUUGACGAAAGCAUAUUGCAAUAGCAAAGAACAGCGAGCAAAAUGUUUGGCAAACAACCACCCAGCAAGAAUAACAACGGUGAUUUUAAUAACUAUAACAUUGACAAUGCCGAUCAGCAAUUCCAGGAUGAGAUCAAUGCCAUUCAAAAUGCUAUGAACUCUAUGAUGCACGGUGCCUUUUCUAGUCUUUUCAGUGAAUUUUUCAAUUCGUCCAACACAGAAGCCUCAACCUUUUGGUCCGGGGCAUUUGAGCCGCAUGAUACUGAUGGCACUACAGUUACCAUUCUUGAUGGCAGAAAUAUCAAUAAUAUGUAUAGAGAACGUUUAAAUUUUCCAGAAGAUGACACAGACUACAGUGGAAAUGAUUUUAAACGUUUAGCGAGCAAGUCGAAGCAGAAGAAUACAACAGUGAAGGACGAUGAAGAUAUUGAGAGCAAGUUACUACAAAAGCAUCGAAACGACAAUGCUACUAUACGACCGAAUGUUGGGACAAUUUUUAAUCUUCUUUAUCAGCCUCCACCACAAGCACUAUAUAUGAAAGCAGGUAACUUGCUCAAAGACAGUCAAAUCAUAACGGCGCCAACAGCAACACCAGCAAAGCAAUUUGACAACAUCAGUAAAUCUCAUUUUGAUGGAAGUCGUAAUGCAGGAUGGUCAUUCACUUCUACUACCAAGAGAACAAUAUAUCAUCCAGACGGCACUCAAGAAACGGUCAUUACAAAAAAGUCCAAUGGCAAUACAGAAACGAUCAGACAAUAUUGUUAUCCUGAUGGACGUAUGGAGGAAAUACGGGAUAAGAAAAACAGUACUUUAUCUCCCAGAUUAUCUCCAUCAACUUGGUGGGGUCAGCUUUUUGGGAAAUAAUAGUACUGACGAAGGCCGUUUUGAGCCGUAUUUAGUCAUAACAUAUAUACCAGCUUACAAGCACUCUGAUGCUCACUCCUGUACAGAAACUCAUCCCAUAUUUGUGGAAAUAACAAUAAAAAUUCAAGCAUAAAUUCAAAUUUGAGUUGUUUUUUUUUUUGUGUUUAAUU